CUUAUCGAAUUCUAAUUACAUUUAUAUAAUACGGAUAUCCAAACAACACGAACCAUUGAUAUACUGACACUCUUCGCGAAUGGACCGUCAAAUUUUUAACAGAAAAACAAAAAUGGCAAACAUCUUAGCAUUUUGUGUCAUUGCAUUGACGUUAGUAUCGGCGUCUUUGGCUACAUCAGAUUAUAUCGUUUUAUACUCCGAAAAUGAAAAGGAGUUGCAAGUGACAUAUGAAAAAACAAUAACAUCGAAGAAUCUAAAGUUAACCUUCUAUGAAGAUUGUAUCAAUAAAGAUCCAAGUGUUUGCACCUCGAAAACGGGAGACAAUUCAAGCUACUUACGGUACUUUUCAGAAUCAGAAAAACAGGAAUGUAAGCAUUUCGAACAAAUCAGUGAAUCAAUGAACGAUAUUUUUCAAUUUUGUGUCAACAUGGACAAUAGUUCUUGGUUUGGUGGUGCUGAAACGGGCUUACAAGAAUGGCCUCUAAAUAAACUUAACUGGACAGACAUGUCAUAUGUAACAAAAGAAUCAUACAGCCAAGCAGUCGUCGAGUCUUAUUUCUUUAACUCAGACGGUUUUUACAUACACAUCAACGAUUCAGUUGCCUUAUUUGUAGACAUUAAUGGCCCUAGACCGGGAAAAAUGUGUUUUACCUCAAAAGUUGUUGCUCCGUACAGAAAAGUUAGGAAUAUCAUGCAAUUCCGUGUAUGCAAAUUUAGUAAUCCACGAAUAGCUCACGAAAACGCUAUUAAAGAUUUUCUUGGCACGCCUACAUCUAUACCCGAUCCUUAUGUAAUAAAGUACCCGAUUUGGUCAACAUGGGCUAGAUAUAAGAUUGAUGUCAACACAUCUUCCGUUUUGAGUUAUGCACAAGAAAUAGUUAAAAAUGGAUUUCAAAGAGGUACGUUCGAGAUUGAUGACAAAUGGGAAACUUGCUACGGUAAUGCAGAGGUUGAUGUAAAGCGAUUUGAAAAUAUUCGUGAUACAGUAAAUAAACUAAAAUCGUACGGUUUUAAGACAUCGUUAUGGACCCAUCCGUUCGUAAAUAAAGAAUGUUCUAUUCACGAGACGAUUAAAAACAAAGGAUACUUUGUGAAUAGUACAUUGAAUACAGUGGAUUCUACAUGGUGGAAUGGCAAUGCCUCUUAUGUAGACUUCACAAAUCCCGAAGCAGCGGCAUGGUGGUCCAAUUCUCUACGUAAUUUACUUGCAACAUCUGGCAUUGAUACAUUAAAGUUCGACGCAGGAGAAUCCAGUUGGAGUCCGCCACUUCCAAUCUAUUACGAUAAUGAUUUGACAUACUAUCCUGAUAACAUUGUAAACGCAUAUCUCAAUACAAUUAAGGCUUUUGGCAAUGGAAUAGAGUACAGAUCAUCCAGAAGAAGUCAAGAAUUUGGUUGUUUAUUAAGAAUGAUUGAUCGCGAGUCCCGGUGGAAUUACGAAUUAGGGUUACCAACACUAGUAACAUCUCUGAUACAUUUGAAUAUGAUCGGAUAUCCGUUCGUAUUGCCGGAUAUGAUUGGUGGAAAUGGUUAUAACAACUUACCGCCAUCUAAAGAGAUGUAUAUUAGAUGGAUGCAAGCCGCUGUAUUUAUGCCAGUCGUACAGUUUUCAUACACUCCUUGGGACUUUGACUCACAGACAUUAAGCUUGUGCCGACAUUUUAUGGAUCUCCGCAGCAACUAUACCGACACAAUUGUGGAUCUAAUGAAAAAUACUGUUGCUAAUGGUAGCCCUGUGAAUCCUCCAGUCUGGUGGAUCGAUCCAACUGAUGCAGAUGCAUAUGCGAUCGAUGACCAAUUUCUUUUGGGUGAAAAUAUCCUGGUAGCUCCAGUAAUUGUCGAAGGUGCAACUUCUCGUAAUAUCUACUUGCCCACGGGUUUGUGGAGAGACGAAAACCAUCCCGGAAAUCCACUCUUAUCUGGGAGAAAAUGGCUGAUCAAUUACCCUGCCAGUCUUGAAGUCCUUCCGUGGUUUACUAGAGUUAGUUCUGAGAGUUUAUCAGAAUCCUCCAGCUCAGUUUGCCGUAUACCAUCUGCUAGUUAUAUUUUCGUUUUAGGUUUAAUCGCGUAUUUAUUUCGAUGAAAUUAAUAAUAUAAUAUGACAUUUAUAGUUACCUACCUAACAUAGUGUAAUAUUAUGAUAUACCUAAUAUUUAUAUACUUGAUUGUACAGCCAGUUGUCAAAUAAUGUAGCUGGAAUUUAAUUUAUUCAACUGAGUGAUAUUAUUAUAAUUAUAAUUUUGACAUUUUACAAAACAUUGUUUAAUUUAUUAACGAAAUUAGAUGUGCCAACUUGUAUGUAAGAGAAGGUCUAGUAAAUUAUUAAGCGUGAACGUAGAUUAAAUAAGCUGCUAAGUAACUCGCGGAGUAUAUACUACUUAUUAGUUUAAUAAUAAAGGGAUAUUAAAUUGAAAAAUUCAAAAUUUCAAAAAAGGAUGGACUUUUUAUAAUGUUUUUGAAUUGUAUAGAUUCAAUUUUAUUUUGCAUAUUAUUAUUAUUAUUAUUAAUAUAAUAGUAUAUGGAUUACGGAUAUAAAAUAAUAAUUAGUAUCAUAGGUACUGAGGAUAUUAGUAAGCUA